AUGUCCGCGAAAGACGACGAGGAGGCUGACGAAAAGGGUGGUGGUUUUCUCCCCAAAACGCUCGCUGCUCGAAUGACUCCUCCAAAGCCGUUUUUCCCGACACAUCAACCACAACAACAACAACCGGGGAUGACGAUGGGAACGACGACGACGGGAACUCCUGGUGUUGGAGGGGGAUUCGUCGUUGGUGGUUUACCCGCACCUCCGAUUUUGGCGGCUUCUGCGCGCGGUGCUGCGCCUACAGCCGCGUCGGCGGCGCCGAUCGCGAUGGGAGGAGGAGGAGGAGGAGGACCAGGAGGAGGGAUGAUGAUGAUGAUGAAUCCGAUGCUGAUGCAACAGCAACAGCAGCAGCAGCAGCGGAUGAUGAUGAUGAACAUGCAACAACAACAACAACAACCCUCGGCGGCGGCGGCGGCGGCGGGAAUGAUGAUGAUGAUUCCUCCUCCGCCGAUGAACGCGCCUUCGCCCGCUUCGCCUUGGACGGAACACGACGCGCCGGACGGGAGGAAAUAUUACUACAACCAACUGACGAAGAAGUCGACGUACGAGAAACCGAGAGAGUUGUACACCGCGAAGGAGAGUUUCGUGUUUGAAAACUGCGCGUGGAAAACGACGUACGAUAAGACGUCGGAGAAGUAUUAUUAUUACAACAGAGAGACGAAAAAGACGCAGUGGGAGACUCCGGAGGAGUUGACGAGGACGGAGGAGAGGUGGGAGCGAAUGAACGAGGAGAAGACGAGAAGAGAGAAGGGCGGCGGCGGUGAGACGCGGAACAGAGAUGAGAACGGCGACGCGAUGAACGCGCCGGCGUCGGCAUCCGGUCCUCCUCCUCCGCAACAAACGCACAACCAAGCGUACGUGCCUUUGCAGUCGAAUUCAGAGACGGUGCUGACGUUCGAGAACGACGAGGAGAGAAAAGCGGCGUUUAAUAAACUUUUGGAGGAUAUUAAUAUGCCAACCUCGGGCACGUUCGAGCAGUUUACGCAGUUAGCCGCGAGCGACGCGAGAUUCAACGCGCUCAAGAAAAAUGGAGAAAAGAGAAACUUGUUCAACGGGUUUCGAUCGAGAAAAUUAAGAGCGGAGAAAGAGGAACAGAAAGAAGUCGAGAAACGGAAACGCGUGGCGUUUAGAAACGGUUUGCAAGAUUGCCGAGUCAAAUACGACAUCACCUCGAAAUCGAAGAUUAUUCGAGACUCGCCGUUAGAGCGGAAUUUAAUGUCGCAAACGUGGUUUACGAACAUCGAAUCGUUGAAAGAACGCGAACAUUUGUUUCGCGAUUUUUGCUCUGGAUUACACGUCAUCGAAAGAAAAGAAAAGCUAGCAAAGAAAGAGCAAACGAGAGAGUUGUUUAAAGGCUUGUUAUUGGAGAAAGGGUGCAAUUUCAACUGGCAGUGGCGACGGGACGUGAUGAAUAACGCGGCGAUUCAAAACGACACGAGAGCGGUGCAUUGCGAUCGGCAAGACCAACUGACCGUAUUUUCCGAACUCUUUCGGUCGUUCGAUCAAAACGAAGUCGAGACUAUGAACCGCGAAAACGCCGUGCGGUUCCGAGAGGAACGGAAGAAUCGAGAGCGCUUUUGCGAGACGUUGAAAGAGUUGGCGGAGAAUAAAAUCUUGACGCCGAGGACGCUUUGGAAAAAGUUUAAAAACGAGAAGCUCGAAUCGACGGCUUCGUUUGGCAUGUGUAAUGGGAACGUGAGUGGGAGCACGCCGAGAGAGUUGUUCGACGACGAAGUGAUCAAGUUGGAAGAGAUGGUGAUGGAAGAUGCAAAGCGAUUGGAGACGUUUAUGAAAGAGAACGCGUCAAAGGACGCGUUUCCCGGCUUUCAAAACGAGAACGUCGUCGACUUACUCGACGAAAGCGCGAUGGCGACGGCGAGUAGUGGUAACAAGCUACCACCCUUCGACGAUAUCGUCAAAUAUUUAGAAGAGUACGUGGAAACGAACAAGGAGGCUUUAGUGAAGAAAGCGUCUUUAUCGCCAAACAUUCAACCCACGUUUCUUUGCGAAGUCGUAGCGGAUACCAUCGAAAGGAUCCACCGACGCAAGAAGCGAAAGUUGCGGGACGCGUUGGAUGAUUUUGAGGACUCUUUAUACGACGAAAUGAAACUAUUCGACGAAGUUUUGAACGAUAAAACGUAUUCCGAAACGAAAAAAGCGUUCCAAUCGUCCUCGUGGUGGACGAAAUGUUCGAAAGAGUUCGACGUGAGCGAUGAAAAGCUCGAGGAGAUAUUCGAGGACGUGAAGAAGGACCGAUUGAAAAAGUUAGCCAAGAAAGAAAGCGGUGGCAGAGGUCGCGGUGGUAGCAGUAGAGAUUAUAGCAGUAGUAGAAAACGUUCGAGAGACGGAGAGAAAGAUGAGCCGACGGAGAAAAGAACAAAAAAAAAACGCGCGGUAGACAGCCCGGAAAAGGAAAGCAGCGAAUCGGGAGAAUUGAAGUAG